CCUCCCCCCCUCCCUCUCCCGGCGCGAGGGCGUCACGUGACCCGGCGGCGGCGCCCGGCGCGGUGGACGCUGGAGGCCCAAGAUGGCGGCGGAGCUGGUGGAGGCGAAGAACAUGGUGAUGAGUUUCCGAGUCUCAGAUCUUCAGAUGUUGCUGGGUUUUGUUGGCAGGAGUAAAAGCGGACUAAAACACGAACUAGUGACCCGAGCUUUGCAGCUGGUCCAGUUUGACUGCAGCCCCGAGGUGUUCAAGAAGAUCAAGGAGCUCUACGAGACUCGCUACAACAAGAAGGGCUCGGACGUGGCGCAGCCGCCGGCGCCGCACCGCGCCGAGGCCCUGGCCCUGCACUCCUCCUACGACCGCGGCAGCGCCGUGCCUCGCCCCCUGCCCGCCACCAACAUCGACUACCCUGCCCUCUAUGGCAAAUACCUGAACGGACUGGGCAGGUUGCCCCCCAAAGUGGCCAAGCCCGAGGUUCGCUUGGUGAAGUUGCCCUUUUAUACCACGCUGGACGAGCUGUUGAAGCCCACAGAGUUAGUUCCACAGAAUAAUGAGAAGCUUCAGGAAAGUCCGUGCAUUUUUGCAUUAACACCAAGACAAGUGGAGCUGAUCAGAAAUUCCAGGGAAUUGCAACCCGGUGUGAAAUCGGUUCAGGUGGUGCUCAGAAUCUGCUACACAGACACCAGUUCCCCUCAGGAGGAUCAGUACCCUCCCAACAUCGCCGUCAAGGUGAACCACAGCUACUGCUCCGUGCCGGGCUACUACCCCUCAAACAAACCCGGGGUGGAACCCAAGAGGCCCUGCAGACCCAUCAACCUCACCCAUCUUAUGUACCUGUCGGCAGCCACCAACCGCAUCACCGUCACCUGGGGCAACUACGGCAAGAGCUACUCGGUGGGGCUGUACCUGGUGCGGCAGAUGACCUCAGCAGAGCUGCUGCAGAGGUUGAAAACCAUCGGCAUCAAACACCCCGAGCUCUGCAAAGCACUGGUGAAAGAGAAGCUACGCCUGGACCCCGACAGUGAAAUCGCCACCACCGGGGUCCGAGUGUCCCUCAUCUGUCCGCUGGUGAAGAUGCGCCUGUCGGUGCCGUGCCGGGCCGAGACCUGUGCACACCUGCAGUGCUUUGAUGCCGUCUUCUACCUACAGAUGAAUGAGAAAAAGCCCACAUGGAUGUGCCCUGUGUGUGACAAACCUGCCCCCUACGACCAGCUCAUCAUUGAUGGGCUGCUGUCCAAGAUCCUGACAGAAUGUGAAGAUGCAGAUGAGAUCGAGUACCUGGUGGAUGGCUCCUGGUGCCCCAUCCGAGCCGAGAAGGAGCGGAGCUGCAGCCCUCAGUGUCCAAUCCUGGUUCUAGGUUCCUCGGACGUGAACGGGCUCCUGGCCACUCCCAACGGCACCGGCGAGAACGGCAAAGCCCCGGCGGAUGUUGUGGAUUUAACACUGGACAGCUCAUCCUCGGAGGAGGACGAGGAGGAGGACGAGGAGGAGGAUGAUGAUGAUGAGGGACCCCAGCCCAAACGACGCUGCUCUUACGAGAAAGGUUUAGUCUCUGCCUGCUGACUGCAGCCACGGCUCAGAAUUCCCAACGGACAGACUUGAAUACUCUGGUGCUUAUUAAACUGGAGGAGGGGGAGAACGUCCUCUCCCACCUCAUCUCCCUCCCUC